UCAACAUGGCAGCCUCCGUAGCAAGUCUCAUCGAAAAUUAUAUAUCUGGUUUCGACGAUUCUGCCUCGAAAUCAGUGGCAAAUGACUUGACAAGUGGCAGCACCUCUCUGUCAUCCAUUGUGGAGAAUCUUGGACCAUUCCUGACAAAUAAGGAAACAAAUGUGCGAGCACGGGCCACUCGACUGAUCGCUGACAUUCUUCAUAACAUCCCAAGGGACUUCUUUAAUGACAAAGAAGUUGGCUUGUUGUGUACAUACUUGUGUGAGAGACUGGUAGACCAUCACUCACUGCAGCCACACGCUCUCUUUGGGAUUCUGGCUCUGAGCAAGUCUUCCCACCUGACCAGUGGUGCUAUAGAGGCCAUAUGCAGGACAGUCUUCAAGGAGGUACACUGUCAGUCCCUAGCCCAGGCGGACAGAAGGACAGUCUACAACCUCUUCCUUACUCUUCUUACAACAAGGCUUGAAGAUGUUCAAAAGCUUGGAGCUGACUUUGUGUAUGGCUACCUACAAGCCAUGGACACAGAGAAAGAUCCCCGCAACCUUGUGCUGGCUUUCACAUGUGCACGCGUUGUUAUCCAGAACUUGCCUCUUGGAGUUUUUGUAGAAGAGAUGUUUGAAGUUGUCUCCUGUUACUUUCCGAUCGAUUUCUCUCCUAGCGCAGCAGACCCAAGUGGGAUCAGUAAGGAGGACCUGAUUUUCAGUUUGCGAGGAUGUCUUGCAGCUACACCAAAAUUUGCUCAGUUUUGCCUUCCUUUGUUAAUGGAGAAACUCACCUCCGAUUUGAAGAGCGCCAAAAUUGAUUCCCUGCAGACAUUAGCUGAAUGUGCCAAGUCAUACGGAGCAGAAAACCUCUAUGAGUUUCAGACAUCUUUCUUCAGUUGCAUAAAAAAAGAGAUAUUCCUGUCCAGUGACCCAGCUAUUGAGGAGGCUGGUUUGUCUGCCUUACAAAGCAUGGUAGCUGCGAUUGCCAGUGGAAUCACCCAGAGUGACAGAAAGAAAAGUCUGGAUGGAUUUGUUGAUGAAAUAUUGAACGAUUGUAAAGGGCACCUGCUACAGCCUGAGUUGAUGUUGAUGUUGUCAACGGGCAGAAUUCUCCAAGCAGUAGCUCUUGGCUCUGAGCUUGCCUGUGCACAGAUUGUCAGGAGUGCAGUCCCCUUGCUGGUCGAGGCGUAUAAUAAACAUACACAAACAACGCCUAAGCAUAAUGUUAUAAUUGUGUUGAAUGGUUUCCUUGGUGUUACAGCUUCCUUUUCAUACACAAAUAAAAACCCAAAUCCAAUGAUAUCCGCCUACAAAACCCAUCUACUGGACUUAUAUAAACGGUCAGUAGAAGAUGAAAACAACAGUAUACAGUUGCUAGGGAUCCGUGGUUACAGAUCUAUUUCAAUGGCAACUGGUGAUAACUUGACAACAGAAGAUAUCUCCAACAUUGCUCAGCAACUGGUGAAUAAAGUUGUGGAGAACUCCUUUGAGAUUAAUACCAGGCAUGAGUGUUGCGAAGUCCUACAGCUGAUAAUGUCACAGUAUCCAGACAUUGCCGAGACGGUGGUUUACCCAAGAUUCUUUAACAUUCUACAUAAUGAGCCCAUGUCAGUUGAUGGGUCAAGCCAACUGGACAAGACAGGGGUUCUAGAAGUGUUGCCGCCAAUCACACGUGGUCAGAUGUGCCUCAAACUUGUAACGGAUGUUCUUUACAAGAUGCUUAACAACCCUGAUUUCAUAGAGCUGUACUGUCCUUUGAGCAAGUGCCUCGCCAAGUUGUCCGAAGCAUGUUCACCUGACACCGACUGCACAAAUACUCUCACAGCAGGAGUUAGAAUUGUCCACGACCUUGUGACCUCUAAGUGUAGAUGCGCACGAUGGUAUCAGGCACUUUGUGGAGACCUGGUUUUAGCAAAUCUGGCCGAGUUUAUACGACAUGAGGCUUGCCAUUGGACCGAGAGCAAAAUCUUAGAAAUGCAGUCCCUGUUCAUAGACAGCUAUUUACCUUCAACAACCUGUGAUACUGAAUACAAAGGUGAUGACCUUGACCUGUUCAAGGGUCAACCAGCAAGUUUUUCUCCUUUACAAGCUAGCUGUGAUGCGGUGUUCGUCUGUUUGCUGACACCAGUGAUGUGCUCAAGUCCACCACAGUUUUUAUCAAAGACUGCCAGGUUGUCAGACUUGUUGGAUAGACUAGCAGCUCUGGUGUUUGAGGAUUUGUCCGCUAAUGCUCAUGUCCAUGUGUGUAAAUGCCUCGCAGGAAUGCUCAAUAAACUACAGCAAGGGGAAUCUCUUCAGACAGUCUUGUGUACUCUGAAAGACAAGAUACAGGCUAAACUGGAAAAUGAGAGUGACACUCACUCUGUGGUAACUCUGUCGUGGGUCACAAAGGCGCUGGUGCUCAGGGGUCAUAGCAUGGCUGGAGACUUUGUUUCCAUGUUAAUCCAGACGUUGUCAUCCACAGCUAAUGGCCGACAGGCAGCAAGGGGUUUUCAAACUGUCCUGUCAAUGUAUGAAGAGGUUUUGAAUCGCCAAAUGCAUGCAUCUGUCCGCAUGAUGUACAGACAGAGAUUCUUCCUGGAACAUCUGGGUCCAAUUGUCACAGCUUAUGGUAGUGCUUUACAAGAAAGCAAGAAAAACUACCUACUUGCCCUUUCCUAUAUGAUGCAAGGCCUGGAUAAGCAGGUCAUCAUUCCUGAAAUGAACAAGAUCUACCCUCUUCUGAUCCAGUCUUUGCUACAAGAUGACCUUGACCUUCAGCUGGUUACCAUGGAAACAUUGAGUGAGCUGCUGUGCAGUGCUCCUUCUGUUGUUGCUAAGCAGAUUGAUUCCCUAGUGCCACAGCUGCUCAGCCUUACUACCUACAAACCCUCCAUGAAAGUGAGAAUAUCUGCCUUGAAAUGUUUGAAAGAGUUGACCACGCUGCCUUCACACGUUCUGGUUCCCUACCAGAACAAGGUUUGCCGUGCGCUGGUUCCUGUUUUGGAUGACAUGAAACGACUGGUGAGAGCACAAGCCGUGGUAGCGAGACAGGAAUGGAUUUUGUUGGAUUCGGACAAGCAGUAGCCAUUGAAGGGACACAUGAUGAGAGCGUUAGAACAAAUAUCAUUUCAUGCCCUACUUUAACCCUGCCUCUAAACAGCGUUAUUGUUAACAUAUUUGGCUAGUGGGUGUGUCCCUGUUGUGCCAUUGUUUGGCUAGUGGGUGUGUCCCUGUUGUGCCAUAUUUGGCUAGUGGGUGUGUCCCUGUUGUGCCAUUGUUUUAUAAUCUCAUUAAGGAUAUUUGUUAAUGAACUAUUAUGGAUAUCAAUUGCAUAAAUCACCUCUUGCAAUGGUUGAUAUAAUUUUUGGACCAUCUGUAAAUAAUAUUGUCAGAAUCGAUGACUAUGUACUUUGUAGACUUUUAUUAGGCCUAAAAAAAAAUAUGUCUGUUUCGGGUAACCCGACCCUACCUAUAAAAAUGCGCCGACCCUAACUAUUUUUUUCCGUUUCUGUGCAAAAAAAUAUUUGUUAGCGAAUAGAGAGUUACAGAGGGCGGAUAAAUGCAGAUUUUAAUCAGAAUUAUUGUUUAUAUGAUAAAACAAAGUCAGGCAAUGACAGUAAUGUAGGCUAGACUGCCAUGUGCAAGAAAACACUCUGAACUUACGACAGAUUUUGAAAAAAAAUAAUAAAAAAAAAAAAAAAAUCCCUACCUACCCUACCUAAAAAUUUUGGGAAGGUUACCCUAAACAAACAAUAUUAUUUUUUUUGGCCUCAUUCUCUAUUCAGAUUCAACUGGUUAUAAAUGUACAAUGAAAUAUGGAGACUUUUAUUAGAGGUGAAAAAGCUUUCAUUUUUCACCAGCAAUGUCUAUCUUUUUGGGUUACCGCCUCUUAAUGGUCAUUGAAAAAUACCCAACUGCCAUCAUAGAAUUAAAUGUUUAAGUCUGUCAAAUAAUUCUCUUGAUUUGAUUAAAACUAAUGCUAUGAUUGUAAAUACAUACAAACUUUACAUAUUUGGAAGUUGAAACCUGAUAUUACUUGAAGUAUACACAAUCCCUCACAUUUUCUGUCAAAUUCAUAAUGUUCAAGUACUUCACAGCCUGAUACAAUGUGUCCUCUUUUCCUUAGCACCCUGUCCCUUUUCUGCAGCUCCCUUCCCUUUUUAAAACCUGGGUAAAAGCCUACCAACUUGAACAAUGAGCAUAUUAACGACAAACAUGAUGCGAAAUAUACGACAUCUUUGUAUAUUAUAUUCUACGCACACGUCAAUGAUUUGGCAGCAUUUUUGAAGUGCUGUGAAUGUCUGCAUGUUGAUACCAGUUGUUGUCAGUGGUAAUACUUAUUAACAGGAAGCUUAUAUUUCUUGUUUUCUUUUUAAACUUUUGUGUCUGCGUAUAUUUCUUGUGAGUGGCUAGUUGUAUAAUAAGCCACAAUAAUGGGCAUUCAGGAAAACUUCAUCAAUUAUCAAUUGUAAGAGGCACAUAAUGAAUUGUACCUAAACACAACCUACAAGGUAUUUUAUUAUGCUACUUUUAUGCUAGUCAAACGGUCAUAUUUUGAAACGAGGUUUUGCAGCUCAGUGUUCAAUGUAUGUGAACUAUUAUACUUAUAUCUGAACUUGCAUUAAUGUUAUGCAAGUUAAUGUGGUUUGAUUUAUAAUACAUGUUACUCACUUUGCUUAUCUAUCAUAUACAUGUAUACAUGUAAAUUUUAAUGUAGAAAUUGAUACUGCCAGAAAAUAAAAUAAUCAUAUGCCAUGUAUGUCC